AUGAGCUCUUGCGAAAUAAACGACGGCUACAAGUCAGAAGAGGACGAGGACUAUGUACCCGAGAAAGAAGAAGAAGAAGCACCGCUUGAGCAAAGCGGAAUCCAAGGAGGACGCGGACAGAGAAACAAGCCAAAAAGUGCUGUUGCCCCCAAGACUGUGGAAGAAAAGAGCGUCACAGCUGAGGAUUGCUCGGCGGAUUUCCUUGAUGACCUUUUCGGAAUCACCGCUCCAUCGAGUUCCACGUCGAAACCACCCACAACGAAACCUUCUGUGGAGAACAAAGUAGUGCCGGCUGUGGACAAAGUGAAAGCGAAUACCACACUUAUUACUGAAGUCUACGAUUACGCCGGAGAGGAAGUUCGGCUCGAACGAGAGGUCACCGAACAAGAGUACGAGAAGAUCAAAGCUAAAGAAGAAAAAGCGAAAAGCCAACCACCAAAAAGGAGGACUACUGAUAUGGGAGUCGUACUUGAAGUUCUGACGAAAAAGAAGAAAAUGUCUGCUCUGGAUAAAACUUCACUAGACUGGAAUGCUUUCAAAAAGGAAAAGAAUCUAACGGAAGAGCUCGAGACGUUCAAUAAGGGUCGAGAUGGGUACUUGAAGAAAAUGCAGUUUCUCAACGAUGCGGAUCAAAGGCAAUUCGAAAAAGAGAAGGAAUUGCGGAAGAACAUUCGUAAA